GUUUAUUUUCCCGGCAUCUUCCCGCCAUAUUUGAAUAACGGAGAUUUCAAGAUUUAUUUAUUUGUUUAUUCAUCAAAAAAUGGUUGAAAAUCCUAGGGUAACUGAUGAACAAAAUGGGGCAGUGAUAACUGAAGAUGAAGCGGCGUUGUAUGACCGACAGAUCCGACUCUGGGGACUUGAUGCUCAAAAAAGGUUAGAAAUAUCGAACGUGUCUUCGUGUCGUCAAGAUUCAUUUAAGCUUAUAUUCGAAAGCUUUUGUACUGUAUGCUGGUGAAAAUUUCGUGCAAAAUUAUGUUAAUUCCAUGCUUAAUAUAAAGAUAAACAUAUUGAUUUGAUCGUUUACCUAUUUGUGUUGUUUUGUGUUUUGUGUAUUUUGUGUUUUGAAGACUUGACCCUUUUAUGAGCGUAGUGACCGGAAGUAUACAUGGGAAUCUAUGCCCGAGGGUUAAGCCCCGGUCCUUUUAUAUGUGAUGUCAAUACGCAAGUGAAGCGGAUACGUUUCCAUGUGACUGAACAACUGGCCAUAUCUCUAACAUGCAGCACAAACUAAUGCAGCUGUAGAAUGCACCUAUUUGUUACCCUUUGUGAGGUCCCAUGCAGGGACUCCAGAGAGAAAGGGGCAGAAAUGCUUUGAUCAGUGUGAGAUUCUGAGAAAUUGCCACAUACCCCUCCCCCACCCCAACAUUUUGUCGUAAGGGAAGGGGUAGGUGGGAAGUUUCCCAGAAUAUUAUACUACUCCAAGUACUCAUCAUAAAUCUAAAGGAGACCAUCCUGGGUGUGGGACUGUAUAUAAUCAGCGGCAUAAAAGACAUUUUUGAGUGCUUUCUUCCUUUUUUUUUCCUUUCCUUUCUUUACACAUAAACCUAAGCAAUAACUGCUUGCAUAAAAAUGUUGGUAUUUUAUCCUGUGUAGCCUAAGUGAUACCAGAAUAAUAUAAGUGUGGUAGAAUUUACACCCCUAAACAAGACAAUAAACCUCCCUCUUUCUCUUUGGAAUUUCCUUGCCAGAGCAGGGUGACAUGUUUGUAGCCCUACAAUGUACUGUAACUAUAAGUUUGAAUGGUAAAGACAUUCUGUUUAAGUAUGCUGAUGAUACUAGUAUUGUUUCGCCCGUGUGGAAAGAACAGGAUAACUCAGUAGAUAUAGUAAGAACGUUUAUGGAAUGGUCAGAGAAGAACUGUAUGUCUUGUAAUAGCAAAAAAUGCAAGGAGCUAGUUAUCAGAAAGAAAAGCUGUACGAAUGUGUUUACGCCAGUUUUCGGCAUUCCACAAACUUGUCAACUUUCUGUCCUUGGGUCAAUAUUACAGGAUAAUUGCCGAUUUGAUUGUCAUGUGCAUGUAAAGUUGAUUAAGGCGAAUAAGUGCUUGUUUAUAUUAAGAUCCUUACGUUGCCAGGGUUGGGUUGGGUUGCCAGUAUAUGGAGCUUCUGAGGCGGAGCUGACAGCAAUGCAGUGUUUUCUAGAUAGAUGUUACAAACGUAAAUAUACAUCUAAAUCAUUUUCUAUCAAGCUCCUUCUAGAAAAGCAGGAUAGAAAAGUAUUUCGUAAGGUAUCUGGCAUAGACCGACACCCUCUAAGGGGACUAUUACCCAAGAAGAAAGUAUUGACUUAAGGAAUCGAGCAAGUCAGUAUCCGACAGUUAAUACAGAUAGAUUCAGGAACUCUUACAUUUAUCGCUUAAAUUUUAACUGCAAUUUAGCUAUGUAAGCGUAUUUUUUAUUUUUUUUUUAUUGUAAAUAACUUAAAUAUAUAUACUUUUACUCAAAUAUUGUAACAUAAGAUAUGUAUUUUUUAUCUUGUGUGGAAAUAAAGACUAUUAGUAUAUUAUUAUUAUUAUUAUUAUUAUUAUUAUUAUUAUUAUUAUGCAUGGACUUCAUUCAUGCUAGUUUUGAGGCAAAAACAGUUAUACUAAUAGAUGUGGGGUUGAAGAGUGUAGGCAUUAUUAAACCUGUGUGGAGUCUAGCCACAAAUCAAUUCGGUCUCAUUGGCCGUUUUCACACUUACAGAGACAGAUUAUCCGUCGAAGACGGAUAAUCCAUCUUCAAAAUCUUUCAAGAUUGAGGGAAAAACAGAUGGAUAAAGUCAGGUGGAUUGUCCAUACAAAAUUAAGACCAUUCCGUUUUCAAAUUAGGACAUGUAAUCUGUCUGACAUGAAUUAUCCAACAGAUAACCUGUCUCAGACGGAUAAUCCGUCUCUAGUGUGAUUACAGCCAUUAACUGGGUUUUGGUUAAUGAAUGUUUUACUACUAUUUGUCAUAAGGUAAUAAUAUUAGUGUAUCAGCAUGCCAUAGCCUUAAUCAAACUUUUUCUUUUAGGCUACGAGCAUCCCGUGUUUUGCUGGUUGGUAUUAAAGGACUAGGUGCUGAAAUCUGUAAAAAUCUUGUGCUUUCUGGUGUGAAGUCUGUUACAAUCGUUGAUCCCAACCCUGUGAAUGAAGAAGAUUUUGUGUCACAGUUUCUAGUGCAGCGGCAGGACUUGGGAAAAAAUGUGAGUGUUUUGAGUCCAGGUUUUAAAUUCUUUACCUUUUAAAGAUAUUGUAGUUUUGUAAGCAUUUGCACUGAUAAGGUUUGAGUGUGUGAUGUCCAUACUUGAAAUUUUAUCCAAAGAAACUCACGUGCAACUCAGUUUUUCAACCCACUUUUCAGUGUCUAGAUAUCACAUGAAGUGCAGCUUCCCUUGUCUCAUAUAUUGCUUCAAAAAUUUAUUGGAAUAUUUCUGUAGCAAAAUUAAAUUUAUAUGUAACUAGAUGCUUCCAAAUGGAUGUUGAAGGCAUUCUAGGCUUUUUACACUAUUCAUACAAUGUAAUGCUUGUAAUGAUAAGCAAAGGUGAAAUACAUGUACAGACCCCUUCGAACAGCUUAGAACAGCGAUGUAUAAGCGCUAUAUAAAUUCCAUUAUUAUUAUAUUGUUACCCCUAAUUGGGUUGGGUGUGCAAAUGUAAAAUAAAUGGGAGGUCCAAGUAGAACAUCCCCUCAUUGUUAAGUUCUUCAGCAGUGAUCCAUGGGUUAAAGAACAACCCACCCAAUUGCCCAUGUUUUUACUUUAUCUGUUUAACUCCAAGAAGUGAUUAGCAUGUUACUUCUCCUUAGAAUAAUCACUACAUUGUCCAACAGACAGGUGAUGAGAAAAGGAAAAUGUAUCAGCCAGUGAUUAUCCUAAUAUAACCCUAACUUCUCUUAAUUAAUAUUCAAGGAAAUGUAUAGAAGCCAAAAGGGAGAAUUACUUGGUUAUUCUAUGAUCCUACCCUGGCUCACCCUUCUGGGUCAAGCCGUUACAGCUUGUCAUAGAUCGUCAGGCCAAUUUUCAUUCCCAUGCCUUUUUUUUCUGGCAGGCUCAGGGUGGUGGCAAUUUGUCACAAGCCUUAUUAACUUGUUAUUUUGUUUGUUUGUUUUUUUGUAGCGUGCUGAGUGUUCACUCCAGCGUGCCCAGCAGCUGAAUCCAAUGGUUGAAGUAACUGCUGAUGUUGAGGAUAUCUCUAACAAAGAUGACAGUUUCUUUCAGCAGUUUGACUUGGUUGUGGCAACAAACUGCUCUGCAGAUCAGUUGGUAACUAACCAAUUUUGUGAUUGUGUGUCAGAAAUACCCAGGUGUUCCUGUUCAGCAAAUCUUGUUCUCCGCUUUUCUGAAUAGGAAGCUUUUUAAUAUAUAUGUAACAACAAUGAAGAUGGCUAUAAUGAAGGCAAUUAGAAGAGCCUGUCUGCCCAAGAGACCAUACCACAGGCUCUAGUUACAGUUAUAGCUGCAAUGUGCCCCAGGAAGACAGUACUUACAUUGUGUAUUGUACAUGUAAUUCCUAGAUUCAUGUGAAUGAAGUGUGUCAUGCAAAUGAGGUCAAGUUCUUUGCUGCUGACGUUUUUGGCUUCUACGGAUUCAUGUUUGCUGAUCUUGGAAAACACAAAUACGUUGAGUAUGUAUUAAAAUAUAUAAUGGCGCAUUCCUUUUAGUGCACACAAUACUUCCAAUCUGUCUACUGUACCUUUUCAGUGGCAAGAUAAUAGAAUUUAUUAUUGAAAUGUUGUUGUUAUCAGGGAAAAGCCCAAGGUCAUUAAGGCAGCAGAAAAGAAAAAUACCAGAUCAGAUGGGGAACCAGAGGCCAAGAGGCAGAAAAUUGAUGUGAAUGAAACCACUGUGGUACAAGAGGUAAUAAUACACACAGCAAAAAAUUACGACAAUUUCUGAAGUCAAUUCUCACUUAACACGUGCGCCCCAGAAUUGCCCAUAACUGACUGAUGAGACAGUCACUGUUAAAAAAGUAGAGUGUGAAGAGUCUCCCAAUUGCAAAAAAGAAAAUCACAAGCGAGCAUGACAUGGGAGAGAAAAAAGGCAGGGGAGUCUGUGGACCCUGUUUCAAUGCCGCCCAUCCAUGAUUCCAGCUUCGUGCAUGAUUGGUCAGAUCACUGACUGUUGGCAAGACAUUAGUGAGUGAUGAAUAAUACCUGCGUGCAUGUGAAUGUUAUUAAAGCCAAUGCAUUCAGGCAUAAAAAAAAUCGAAAUUUGACAGGUCUAAUUACCUUGACAUUUCACAUAAAAAUGAGUUACAGGAUAAUUGCAAGUGGGCCAAUUAGUGGCAUCAAACAAUUAAUUCUACAGGCUCCCCGUUCUUUUUUCUCUCCCAGGCCAUGUUCGACUUGCUUUGCUCACCGAUUUUCUUUUUCACCCUGUUCAACUUGGGAGCCUGUUCGCAGGCUAUUAAAAAAAAGGGUUACAGUAUUACAUUGUGAUUGCUGUUUUCAUUAGUUUGCAGAGUUCUUCAGAUUAAAAGCUGCUCUGACAGCAAAACUGGAUAACAAACCUGCAAAGAUUUUAAAAAGAUUACCGUCUGUAUAUUUUAUAGUAAAAGGUUAGUACAAUGUGAAUUGAACCUUUUUAUAGUCCACUUUUUGCACUUCAUUACGACUGGAGAUUCAAAAGUUACAUGUAGAAGUAGCUUUCAUCUGAAUGGUUACAGUUAGGAUUUCAUACAAACCCCUUUGGACAGUGGAGGUGUUUAUAGCACAAUAUUGAAUAAGGAUUGGUCUCCCAGGCAGGAGGGCAUGGAGUGAAACCCAGGCUGGAGCAACACCUGUUCCCUGUCCACAUGGAUACAGAAAGAUAUUUUUUAAACAACUUUUUUUUUUACACAACUCAGCCUUCUUUCCACCUGGGGCCACUGAAACCACUCACCAAAAAGGGCUUCUAAGAGAAUGAUACCACAACAUACAUACAACCCAAGGUGAGGCUAUUUACUGGGUGCUGGAAACAUUACUCACUCAAAACUUGGAUAAGAACUCACUCGGACUUCAGAUAAGAAAUCCAUAUGCAGGUCACACAGUUCAUCCACAACUCUGGACUUUUCAUUCACUAACUUAUUUCUGACCUAGCGAUGGUUUCAGUACCUGGUAAAAUAAUAGCCUGACUUCUGGCUCUAAGAUUGUUGUGGUCUCUUUUCACUCAAUUCCUUUUCUUAUCUAUAAACAUGCUGCUUUGCAGUUAUAUUACGCUUUCAAAGCCAGUAUGGCCGGCUUCCACAGACUAACAAAAAUCCUAAGGAAAAGGAACAUUUAUUAGUGCUCAGAGAUGAAGUCAUGAAGGAGCUGAACCUCGACCAAACACUUCUUCCAGAUGAAUUUGCUAGGUAAGCAAGCAAAACUUACAAACAUAACUUUUACAAUGAUAAAUCAAUUGACAUUGACUCCUGAGAUACAGAUAUAUGGAUGAGCUUAAGAUUGCUAGGCGUGAAAGAAUCAUGAACAUGUCUCCAGGGGGGACUGUAACUUUUUGUCUUAUUGUGUUUUUCUUGAAUCUAAAUGUAAAAGCAUUUGUUUGUAGCUCAGGGUUACUUUCUACUGUUAUAUAAUAAUCAUUGCACCUUUAUCAUUGUGGCAUAUCAUAAAAAAACCAUAGUCACCAAGAUUGAUUUUUACACAGUUCUCCCAUUCUAUAUUGAGUUUGCUUACAAAAGUAGAUUAUUGGACCUUUAUGACUCCUAUUCUCCUUUAAGUAGGUUUGUAUUUUUCCCGGUUUUUUGGCUUGAUAUGUCAAGUUUUCUGCCAGAGAUUAGGGUGGUAUUUUCACACAGAAUAACAACUGUAUGCUAGGUUUCCUUAGCAUAGUGAUACAGCAAACUUACUCAUUUUCAUUACAAAAAAUUUGCCCAUAAAAGUGCACCGUCAAACAUGUCUCUUGACAGGUUUCAUUUUUAAACAUGUUCUCCCCAGUAUUGUUUUUAUAAAAUGUGUGGAUUGUUACAUGGCAAAUUUACAACUUGGUAAUUUAUUUGAAUUUAAUAGCCAUUGUACAGCACAAGUGAGUCCAGUGUGUGCUAUUGUUGGCGGUGUUGUGGGACAAGAAGUUGUGAAGGUAUAAAGAUAAUGUGGUUUGGCUUUAAUGUCUUGGUUGUAGGUAACAACUAGCCUGAGAAAACAGCCAACCUUUUGCCGGGCCAUGACUGGUUUCCCCCCAAAAUGACGUCUGAGAAAUGACAGUAGAAAUUCCAUUCUGAUGACUUGUCACUACCGCAUGUCUGGGUAGCACUAAUGAUUGGUUAAAGCAAAUUUCCCAUGCGGCAUGGCCAGUCAGAAGCACUAGCCAGAUCUGGGUAGUGACAGAUCAUCAGUACGGAAUUUCUUCGCUUGUUUCUCAGACAUCAUUUCAAUCACAGGGAAACCAGUAGUGGCAUCACAAAAUGUCAGCUGUUUUCUCAAUCGAGCUAAUAACAAAAGAAGGAAUUAAAAUAAAAAGGAAUAUCGAUAAGACAGUCAAUUUUAACCCUUUCACCUUGAGACCAAGCUAUGAUGAGAUGAUUUAUCGCCAAAUUUUAUAAUGGUGUUACCACUCAACUAAAACUCUUCGGCAAAACGUUUCCAUUGUGUUACUUCUUUAAAUUUUACUAAAAGGAAUUUCUAAUUUUUGUGAAUAAAUUAUUCAAUUUGGCCACUGUUAGAGCUUUUUAUGAAAUUAAAACGAAUGUUGUUGAAAAUGCCAAAUCAUGAGACGGAAAGUAAAAUCAAACUGCUCCGCCCUCUAACCACGCACUUUAAAAGACCUUGUUGGACACCUCUAUCAAUCUUACUGUAAGUUGGGCCAUUUACUAGUUUCGUUUGUAGCAACCACCCUUAUAAUUAGUAAUGUUAAAGGCAUAUGGUAUGAUUUUUGUUUGUUUUCUGAAAUUGCUGUCAUUUGUUUCAAUUUUUGUAGGCAGUCUCUGGAAAAGAUGCUCCGUUAAAUAACUUCUUCUUCUAUGACGGUUUAGAGGGGCAUGGAAGUGUAGAGUGCUUCAAGUGAUGUUUGCAGAAGCUGUGGUUUAGUGUCUGGAAGAUUAAAGUUCAGAGAUAUUGAAAGUCAUUCUACUACAAACAGUGAACUUUAAAUUUAACAUUCAGCAGCUGUAAGUGAACAUUAUGAGUAUUGAGGUGAUCACUGCUGAAGUACCUCAGAGCAUAACUCGCAUCUGGGAUAAUAGACAUCAAAAUAAUACUAUUCAAGUUGCUUCCCAAAGGCCAGUGUUUAUGGUAACAUUUUGAUGCAUGCAGCC